GGCCGCGCCCUGCACCGGGGAGGGGGUGCAAUCGUCGCCAGCCGUCUGCAGCAAUCGGAAGCGAUCCGAAAGCCUGCAGCGAGAGAGGGGCUGAAAUGACUCAUCUGCGCUCUGCAGCCCCGAGCCGCGCUGGCUCACGAAUCGCGCCUGUUCGUGUGGGUUAACACCGCUAAGGAAGAGGGCGGCCCACGCGGGGUCGCCGCCCGCGGCCGCAGAGGCGCCUGGAAGCCCCUGCCCCCGCGACAGCGGGGCCUCGGCAGCUAUUCUCCCCAAAUGUUUUCCAAAACGGGGCUGUGGCUGUUGUCGUUCAAGGAGCAAGUCCCCAACUGCUCGGAAACGCCUACGCUGUUACCCCGCAGUCCCGGGUAGGGUUUUAAACAGGGCUUAAAUAAAGCGGAGGAAGGAGGGUCGGCUACCUGCCACGCUAACAUCAGAACAGAGAAGCCGCCGCCCAGACCCGUUUACGGUUGGCGGUUUCCCGCCGGGCAAACGGAAGCAAAACCGCCCCUGACGUCACGGGAGGUGGCCGCUCCCGGUUACCAUGGUGAAGCCCGAGCGGCCAUCUUGACUGUGGUCAGCCUGCACCGGCCGCGGGAAGGCUUCACGAUGAGACACGAGAAGGGAAUCGUCCCUCUCGGAAAUAAGGAACUGGCAGAAUCACGAAAGACCAGAGGCACAAAGCAUUAGCUAAUGUAGGUAGGGGAGCACAGAGGCGGUGCGGCGUCCGCGGCUUUAGCGGAACGAUUCGAUCGGGCCCGCGGAGGGUUCCGCCCCGGAGCCCUAGAGCCGCUUCCGGUGCCCAGCGGAAGCGUGGGUCGCCAGAGGACGACUCUUGGAAAGAAUCGGCUCUCCGCCGGGCGCCCAACCGGAAUCAUGUCGAGUUUAGCGGUGAGAGACCCGGCGAUGGAUCGGUCACUGCGUUCCGUGUUCGUGGGGAACAUUCCGUAUGAGGCAACCGAGGAGCAGCUGAAGGACAUUUUCUCGGAGGUCGGUUCUGUGGUCAGUUUCCGGCUGGUGUACGACCGGGAGACGGGCAAGCCCAAGGGCUAUGGCUUCUGCGAGUACCAGGACCAGGAGACCGCGCUGAGCGCCAUGCGCAAUCUCAACGGGCGCGAGUUCAGCGGCCGGGCGCUGCGGGUGGACAACGCGGCCAGCGAGAAGAACAAGGAGGAGCUCAAGAGCCUGGGGCCCGCGGCGCCCAUCAUCGACUCGCCCUACGGGGACCCCAUCGACCCGGAAGACGCCCCCGAGUCCAUCACCAGGGCGGUCGCCAGUCUGCCCCCCGAGCAGAUGUUCGAGCUCAUGAAGCAGAUGAAGCUGUGCGUGCAGAACAGCCACCAGGAAGCGCGAAAUAUGCUGCUUCAGAACCCCCAGCUGGCCUAUGCGCUGCUGCAGGCCCAGGUGGUGAUGAGAAUAAUGGACCCGGAGAUUGCUCUGAAAAUCCUGCACCGCAAGAUCCACGUCACCCCGCUCAUCCCGGGCAAAUCUCAGCCGGUGUCCGGCCCCGGCCCCGGCCCGGGGCUGUGCCCGGGACCCAGUGUCCUGCUGAACCAGCAGAACCCGCCAGCCCCUCAGCCGCAGCAUAUGGCCAGACGGCCAGUGAAAGACAUUCCUCCUCUGAUGCAGACCCCUAUCCAGGGCGGGAUCCCAGCCCCGGGGCCGAUGCCAGCUGCGGUUCCCGGACCCGGGCCUGGUUCCCUAACUCCCGGGGGAGGAAUGCAGCCCCAGGUUGGGAUGCCGGGCGUCGGCCCAGUGCCUUUAGAGCGGGGACAGGUGCAGAUGUCGGAUCCCCGAGCUCCUCUACCUCGUGGACCCAUGACUGCCGGUGGCCUGCCUCCUCGAGGGCUGUUAGGAGAUGCUCCAAACGACCCCCGUGGAGGGACUUUGCUUUCAGUCACUGGGGAGGUAGAGCCCAGAGGCUAUCUUGGCCCACCUCAUCAGGGCCCCCCCAUGCACCACGCCUCUGGUCACGACGGCCGGGGCCCUUCCUCCCAUGAGAUGAGGGGAGGGCCAUUAGCAGAUCCCAGACUGCUAAUUGGAGAGCCCAGAGGACCCAUGAUAGAUCAAAGGGGCCUCCCGAUGGAUGGUAGAGGAAGUAGAGAUUCUCGAGGGAUGGAGACUCGAGCCAUGGAGACGGAAGUCUUGGAGACCCGAGUAAUGGAGAGAAGAGGAAUGGAGACCUGUGCAAUGGAAACCAGAGGGAUGGAAGCGAGAGGCAUGGAUGGAAGAGGAAUGGAGCUAAGGGGCCCUGGCCCCAGCUCCAGAGGCCCUAUGACUGGUGGAAUCCAGGGUCCUGGUCCCAUUAAUAUGGGGGCAGGUGGUCCUCAGGGACCCAGACAGGUCUCGAGCAUUUCAGGGGUGGGAAAUCCUGGAGCGGGCAUGCAGGGGGCAGGCAUACAAGGAACGGGCAUGCAGGGGGCGGGCAUACAAGGAACAGGCAUGCAGGGGGCGGGCAUACAAGGAGCGGGCAUGCAGGGGGCGGGCAUACAAGGAGCGGGCAUGCAGGGGGCGGGCAUACAAGGAGCAGGCAUGCAGGGGGCAGGCAUACAAGGAGUGGGCAUGCAGGGGGCGGGUAAGCAAGGUGGAGGCCAGCCGAGCAGUUUUAGCCCUGGGCAGAGCCAGGUAACUCCGCAGGAUCAAGAGAAGGCAGCUCUGAUCAUGCAGGUUCUCCAACUGACUGCAGAUCAGAUCGCCAUGCUGCCUCCUGAGCAAAGGCAGAGCAUCCUGAUUUUAAAGGAACAAAUUCAGAAAUCUACUGGAGCUUCUUGAAAGGUCUUAGACAGUGUUUGGCAGUAUUCUCAAAGUUUUUGUGUAGCAUGGAGAAUGGGUGCAAAAAGCUGACCGCUGCAUCCCCACACUUGAAUGAUUAGGGUUUCCCUCCCAGAACCUUAUUUCAUCUUGUUGUCUUUGUAUUCUUCUCCGUUUUCCUUUUUAUUUUAAUGGGGGUGGGGGUUGGGGGGAGUGGGUCUGUUCACUUUUAUUCACUGUAAAUAUACAAAAAUAACUCUGGACAUGGUUAUAUUAUACCAAAUAAGAUUACAAAGAAUAAGCAAUAUUAAAAGUCUCUACAGUAUGCUAACUACAUUUUUUAAAUAUUGAGUAAAACAAUGUGACAACUGCACAUAAUACUAAAAUAUGACUUGUUAAGCUGGUAAUGUACUAAGAUAGUUUAAGAUUCUUGGUUGUGUAAGAAAAUAAAGAAGUUUACCUCAAAA